AUGUCGGCAUCCUCUCCUGAUUUGUUGAACCAGAGCAACCAAGAGGAAAAUGUCUUAUCUCGUGCCGCUAGUUACCAGAAUCUUCCUGAGGCCAUUAAGACCCCGGUCUCACCACCACUGCGAAGAACGUUUUCAGACUUGACCUCUACCCACCAAUCCCCGUCUCCGACAAAAGAAGAUGUCGCCGCCGGCAAAGAUAUUCUGCGGCGCACUUCCCUGCGCUCCCAAAACAGGGCUGGGGGUUGCUCGCGCAGGUCAGGAUCAAUGGACGAACAAAAGCAGGUGAAUGCACCAACGCAUGAUUCGCAGGAUACGCUCAUGACAGUGCCUGAGACAAGGCCUCCAGAGCCCGUGGCCCGGCCCUCCAAGACCCGUGCGGUGUCUGGAAGGUUGGUUAACCUUGCGCGCAGACCAUGGGCCUCUGACUCGCCGUCUCGACCAGCGUCUCCAUCUUCAACCAAAUCAACCAAAUCAACCAAAUCAACCAAAUCAUCCAAAUCCCGCGCCUCACCAACAGAGGAUCAAUCGCCCACAAGCCCAGAUCAAGGUCCCAGCACCGAUACAGACACUCAACCACUCUCUCGCAAGCGGACACUCCUAGGCAAGCGGCCACGGCGUCCAAUGGUGGCCGUGGUGACACAUGGUCGCAACGAUAGCGUAGACUCGCCAAGCAGCUCUUCAGUGAAUUCGUUGCGGGCCAAAAGCUCCCUGGAAAAGCUCUCUGCGUCUCUCAAUGUCUCGACCCCGGUCCUGCCACCAAUGCCAAAGGGAGCGGCCGCCACUGCCGCAGCCCUGUCCGGCACCAGCAUGGAUCCUCCACGGAAGAAGGAUGACCUAUGGGGCAUCUUUCGCGGACUGGAGGCAGAUUAUCAAAAAUUCCAAUCCAAAUCGAGCGCCUUGAAAGCCAAUGUCAUUCGUUCCUCCCUGAUACCGUUUCUCAGCCGCCACCAACUUCAUUCCUGUAAGAACUUGCGAGCCGAAGAUCUGGACCGUCGAGUAAACAUCCUCAACAAAUGGUGGACUGGUUUGCUGGAGAUGCUCAAUGGCAGACAUAACCAAUCAAUCUCUGGUACCGAUCGACCGGUGUACCUGGAGGCUGUGGUGGGAGUUAUGACCCGACCGGAGUGGAGGAUCGCGUUCCCAUUAUCCCAUCCCAGCGAGAGUCUGCCAAAGUCGUUACAACAUGCCGCGACUUCCAUAUCGGACAGUUCGGAGCGAUCAUCCGGCUCGGAUUUCCUUCUUGAGUCGAUACACCACAACAUCCGGAACAUAUUCAUCCAGAAUCUAUUGUCCCAGAUGGCCUUCGUCGUGGAACGGAUGUCCAUGAGACAUGCUCCCGCCAGCUUGGUAGCGUUCUGUGGAAAGGCGUGCGCCUAUGCCUUCUUUUUCUGCCCAGGUGUGGCAGAUAUCCUGGUCCGCUUAUGGAACACACCUGCUAGCAUCUACCAACGGAUAUUUGCUGAGUCGAGUGUAGACAGAAGUAGCACCACGCGCUUGCUUACCCAGGAUCUGGCCCUGAGCUUUCCCACGGCCUUGCGGCCAUUAUCUUUCCACUCCCAUGCUUCCCUAGUGCGGCAUCUCCGCCAAAAGCCCGAAGCUCCUUUAAACACCAGCCAUAUUUCAUGGCACGGUCCUUGGAUCUCCCGAUGGUGCGGCCGCGACACGGAUCUGUUCUUCGUCUUUGUCAAAUUCGUACACAUAUUAUACGCGGAUUCGAUACCGCGAGGGAUUGAAAAGGGAAAGCGAAUCCUGGCUCCGGGCUUACUUCCAAUCCAUGCACAGUUGCUCGUAGUUCUGGAAGACACGCUGCACAAGCAGUCCGCUUCCCAGAUUCCCGAUAAUUCUCAUACAGCAGCCGCCAUUACCUUUGACGACUUCAUCGAGGGUGCCGAUGCUUCGGUUUCGGCCCUCCCCUUAGGUGGUGCCAACAGUCACCGCUCUAUGGCAGAGAAUCGUCUCAUUAUCCUUCUUCGGGAUUUCCUCUCGGAAUCGUCUGUCGAGCCGAAUCAUGCGCGAUUGUUGUAUGCCGAGUCCUUCUGCGGGAUAAUGAAGGUGGCUGCUCGAAGAACAUCUCUGUAUGAUCAUAAUGCGUGCUUCACGAUGUGUGACUUCAUGGAGGAGGCCAUUCCCAUAAUCACCAAAUACUCGCAGUCUGUCGAGAUGGUACUGCUUGAUUGGCCAUUUUGGCUGGACGUGUGUCGACAAAUGAUACAGAGUAACAAUUCUCUCACUGAGGUCAAGGUGUUCUCGUUCCUCUUCUGCAUGUGGAAUACAUGGGCUGCAUCUGAGGAGCGAAAAGCAGACCUUUGCCUGGGCUUCUUAUUGCAUGAUGAUUGGUUUUACCAAUAUUUCAACCACUGGAGCCCGAUGAUUCGUUCGUAUUUUCAUCGCCUGGUCUGCUGGAGGAUAGCCAGAUUCAACGAGGAACCGUCGCCACUCGACUCGGCCAUUUAUGAGGCAUUGGCAAACAAGCUGCAUCGGAUGUGGGAACAUUAUGUGGCCUUUCAAACGAAAUCUACUGAGGAACAUGUUCCUCCACUCUCGUCUGCACCCUGCACCCCGGCUCCCGGGCGUCGGAUCAUCAUUAUUCGUUGUGACAAUCAACUGUCACCGGCCAACUUAUUCGUCUCCUUCGAUCGCGUUGUACCCCCUGCCCCAUCGGAGCCUGCUGCGAAGCCGAGGAAAAGCAGCAGUAAUUCUUCGACUUCGGAAUCUUCUCCUGAUCCACCACCACCUCCCAAGAAGAAAUGGAACCUCUUGAAAGCUAUGUUCGGUUCCUCUUCCAGCUCGAAGUCUUCAGAUGCCCAGGCUAGUAACAAAUCGGACGAGACGGACACCCACACCCCCGAUACCACAUUAAGUACUGACAAGUGCUUGGAUGGUCAUCCGCAAUCUCAGCCGACUUCGAGCGAGCCUCCACCACCAAAGCCAGUACAUCAGCCUUUCUUUUUCAAGUUCUCGCUGGAAUGGAUGGAUCGACCCCACUGGCCUGGAAAAAACAGGCGUCUUUUCCCUCCUUCUCUGCCAGCAGCUGCGCAAAUCCACCUACAACAACUCCGCCAAUCCAGAGUCUCUCAAUCUGAGUCUGGUGCAUCGAAGGAUGUCCCGCGAACUGAAAAGGAAGAAAAGGACGACACGGAAGAUGGUGAUCAGGACGCGUCUCCUACAGACGAGCAUGCACAACCCCCUCCACCUCCUGCGAAAGAUCCUGUCGUCCCGUACCAAGUCCCCAAGGCUGCUGCAUAUGACAAGCUCGUGACUAGCAAAUAUGUUGGUCGUGCGCUUGCAGAAUGGGCUCUAAUUGUGUCCGAACACGAUAGCUUCUUUGCACGCAGAAGGGACGAAGGCGUCCCUUGCGACCGGUUGGUCGAGACUCCAAUGCUAAGCGUUGAAAACAUCAAGAAAUAA